AAACCAUACUCAAACUCUCAUACACACAUGAACAGUGAUACUCGUGGUGUUACAAGAGUGGAAAACAGCGUGCCUGCUAAUGAUGGUGUAGCCAGAAGAAACAACAUGUCCUUACAGCACAGAUGGCAGGUUUCAUUGGGGAUCUUGCUCGUGAUGGGAGGCCUGGUGCUCUUUACGACUAUGGAUAUGUACAUUGUUCUCAUUGGUAUGGCUAUAGUGUGUCUGGGUCUGUUUAUUCUCGUCCAUGCCUUCUGCAUGGUCAUUAAAUCCAGUCAUGUAGCUGUGACGGGUCACUUUCUUCUACACCCGAGAACAGGCACUCGUUACACCCACCACCAAGCCAUUGCAGUGCAAAGGAGGCUGGAUCGGAUCCGGAGGGCUACGGCAGAGGAGCACAGUUCAGUCCAAGUGCCUCCCACCUCAGACACCAGUCCACAGAGCCAACCUGCAACCCCUCCCCCCUGGCAGAUGGAGCCGCCACCAUCCUAUGAGACUGUUAUGAAGACCACUACAGCUGUAAACCAAGCAUAACCACUUAUUUGACUGUAGACAACGACACAUUAUGUGAUUAUGAAAAGUUGGUGUAAUUGGGGGUGCACAGAUAUAAAAAAUCUGUCAUUCACAGUUAAGCCAGUAAUUAUUUUAUUGGGUAAGUUCACCCCAAAAUGAAAAUUGUGUCAUUAAUUACUCACUUUUUUUUUUUUGCGCAAAGGAAACAAAAAUAACAAUUUAUUCAACCAUUCUUUUCUCCUGAGUUAGGCGGCUACUUCCGUCAUUUUAGAGAGUAUUACAAUGCAUACGCACUGUUUCCCCUAUAAGUGUAAACAAUGCUUAUAACGCGGUUACGUUCAUGUGUGCACUUGAACGUAAAUGACGAACGUUAACAUUGUUGAUUAUGUCCAAUA